AUGAGCGACGCACCUGCUGUUGAGGAGCCCAAGGUGGCCGCCGUCGCCGCUGAGGAGCAGGCGCCUGUCGAGGCUCCCGUCGCCGAGUCUGCUGACAAGGCAGAGGCAGAGGCAAAGUCUGAGGCCGAGAACGAGACCAAGCCCGAGACUAAGGAGGAGAGCAAGACUGAGGGCAAGGAUGACGCCAAGAUCCUGAAGACUAAGGGUCAGAUUGAUUACGAGAACCCUCGAAACAACCGCAAGUUCGACGCCAGCGCUCGUGAGGUCAGCGACGACCCCAUUGCGAUUCGCAAACAGGUCGAAUUCUACUUUGGCGACUUCAACUUCCCCCAGGACAAGUUCAUGUGGGAGCAGUGCGGCGGCGAGGAAAAUAAGCCCAUCGCCGUCAAGAAGAUCCAUUCCUUCAAGCGCAUGCGAUCAUUCCAGCCCUACAGCGCCGUCGUCGCUGCUCUCCGCGACAGUAGCGUCAUCGAUGUCGAGGGUGAGGAGGGCGAGGAGACCCUCAAGCGCAAGGUUCCUUACAAGCCGAUGGGCGCAGUCAAAGCUAAAACCGAGGCUGCCACGGUAUACGUCAAGGGCUUCGGUGACGAGACCCCGACUACCCAGUACGAUCUCGAGGUUUUCUUUGCCAAGUUCGGUGAUGUCAAGGGCAUCAAGCUCCGACGUACCAACGAAGACUUCUUCAAGGGCUCUGUGUUCGUCACCUUUGCCGAUGAGGAGGCCGCCAAGGAGUUUGUCGCCCUGGACCCCGCCCCCAAGUGGAACGAGCAUGACCUCAAGAUCAUGACCAAGCACGCCUACUGCCAAGAGAAGAACGACCUCAUCCGCCAAGGCAAGCUCGAGCCCAACAGCACCAACCCUAAGAAGUUUUUCGAGGGCAAGCAAGGCGGUGGCCGUGGUCGCGGCAACGACCGUAAUGGCCCCCGCGAUCGCGAUGACUGGAAGAAGCGCCGCGACUACGACCAGAAGAGCGGAUUCAGAGAUCGCCGUGGUGGCGGCCGGGGCCGUGGACGAGGAGGCCGUGGUGGACGAGGCCGUGGCGGCAACCGCGAUCGCGACUCCCGACCUCAAAGGGACGCUCCCAAGGAGGAGAAGCCCACCAUCCAGUCCAGCUCAGAGGCCACCAACGGGAAGCGCUCACGCGAAGACGACGGAGCCGCCGGGGAGCCUGCUGCCAAGAAGGUCGAUGUUAAGGAAUCAUAG